AGGGUAAAGGAUAUAGUAAGAGAUGAGAGGGACCGCUGACUUUAUCCGGCCUCCUCACAAACAGAGUGUCUUCCAGAGUCUACCAAAACCAUGACUAUUAUCGUUGUUGCUUUUUUCUUGCCGCCGUGGUGGUGACAGUUCGGCGUCCCAGUUUGGCAGCAGGCUGCGGCGGGACAGACGCACACAUCUGUAAUAACAGACAGCGAGCCCCGGGCAGGAGGAGGAGGAGGAGGAGGACCGAGCGUGCCACCAUGCCUGUGCGACAGAAAGAUGCUCAGCGAGCCCUAGAGUUGCUCCAGCAGUAUCGAGCCAAGCUAGACCAGAGACAGCAGAACCCGACCAAACGGGCCUUCACGGAGGAGGAUUGCCAGCUGCAGCAGUCUCUGGACCGAGUCAUCAAUGUCUUCCAAAGCCAGCUCUUUAGUGCUCUUCUUGAUAUCCAGGAGUACUAUGAGCUGACAAUCCUUGCAGACAGCAAGCAUUCUGCGGAUCAGUUAGAUGGUCCUGGGAAACUCAGUGCCUCCUGCAACCUGCCAGCAGAACCUUCAACCCAGCCACAGCCCUCCACGACUCCCCUGAGCCCCCAGGCUUCUGGUGGACCACCCCAAACCAAACCGCUGACCCCCAAACCCAGAUCAAUCAAGUCCCCUGCCCCUCCAGUCCCAUCGGGAAUACCUGCAACCAAGCAAUCGUCCCCUACAACACAGUCCAGCACAACUCAGUCAGUCAAAGUCAAAUAUCGUGCUCCUCUUCCUCCUGUCCAGCCUGGAACCUCCACAUCAGUGGUAGCAGACACUUCUAAACCAUCUUCUCCCUCUGGUGCAACCUCCCUCGGUGUCAGCAGUGUACAGACCCCUUCUAGCUCCAUUAAAACAUCUCCUGGAGUUGUAUUGAAUGGAUCUAAACCACAUCUUACUGCUGCUAGCUCUGGCGGCACUUCAGACAGCUCUACCAGUCCACAAAGCCUUUCUGCUUCCCCCGACCUCAAUCUGGUGACGGUCUCCGCCCUUGUCUCCGGCACCAUCCAAGGCCUUGUAUCUCCAACUACUCCAGACAAACUUACGCCUAGCAGCACCACUCCAAACACCAGUCCGGGUCUCAGCAGAGUCACAGACGCUACCGUAGUCUCUCCACCUCUUACAAGCCCCAAGGACCCCGGACUGGGCAAAGUUACUCCCAGCCUGAGUCCAACGAGCCCCAACUAUGGAAAGUUUACCUUCAGUAGCCGCAGUCCCACAAGUCCACCUGGGCAGCUGAACAAAGGACCUCAUCUUAGUCCAACCAGCCCUGGACCAGUAAAAGUCACCUCUGCUGGCCCCGGCCAUGGUCCGGCCCGCUCCAGACCACCUACAAGCCCACUGAUCUCCAACAAGGCCAACCCCCCUCCAGUGGUGGUCAACACCGACAGCGUCGACACCCCCCCAUAUGUGAAUGGAACAGAAGCAGACUAUGAGUAUGAGGAAAUCACGCUGGAGCGGGGUAACUCAGGCCUGGGUUUCAGUAUUGCUGGAGGGACUGAUAACCCCCACAUCGGAGAGGACCCCUCAAUCUUCAUCACCAAGAUUAUACCUGGAGGAGCCGCAGCCCAGAAUGGACGACUCAGGGUGAAUGACUGUAUAGUGCGGGUAAAUGAGACAGACGUCAGGGAGGUGACCCACAGCGGGGCUGUGGAGGCGCUGAAGGAGGCUGGAGGUCUGGUUAGACUGUGCAUACGACGCAGGAGGAGCCUCACUGAGAGAAUCAUGGAUAUCAAACUGGUCAAAGGGCCCAAAGGUUUAGGAUUCAGUAUAGCAGGUGGAGUUGGAAACCAACAUGUCCCUGGUGACAACAGCAUCUAUGUGACUAAAAUCAUCGAGGGAGGGGCUGCACACAAAGACGGACGGCUACAAAUAGGGGACAAACUUGUUGCAGUGAAUGGCUCCUGUUUGGAGGAAGUAACUCAUGAGGAGGCAGUGGCUGCACUGAAGUCGACUCCUGAUGUUGUGUACCUCCGUGUGGCCAAACACACCUCCCUUUUUAUCAAUGACAACUUCCCUCCACCCGAUGUCACUAAUUCGUACUCCCCACACCAGGACAACCAUAUAAGCCCCUACAUGAGCGGCAGCCAGUCUGUAAGCCCCGCCCCACUGACCACGCCCAGAUACUCACCACUGCCCAGGGCCAUGACUGGAGACGAUGAUGUGCCCAGGGAGCCCAGGCGGGUGGUGCUGCAGAGGGGCUCUACGGGUCUUGGAUUUAACAUUGUUGGAGGGGAAGAUGGAGAGGGAAUCUUCAUUUCCUUCAUUCUUGCUGGAGGUCCAGCGGAUCUCUGUGGGGAACUACGAAAGGGAGACCGCAUCUUAUCGGUAAACGGGGUAGACCUGUCCACUGCUACUCAUGAGCAGGCAGCUGCAGCUCUGAAGAACGCAGGACAGACUGUUACCAUAGUAGCCCAGUACAGACCUGAGGAGUACAGUCGUUUUGAGGCAAAGAUCCAUGACCUGAGGGAACAGAUGAUGACCAGCAGCGUCAGCUCCAGCUCCACGUCGCUCCGCUCCACACAGAAACGCACACUUUACGUCAGGGCGUUGUUCGACUAUGACGGAAGUGCGUCAGAUCUGGGUGCACCCAAUCAGGCCCUGCCGUUUCAUUUCGGCGACAUCCUCCACGUGAGCAGCGCAGGCGAAGAGGAGUGGUGGCCCGCCCGCCACCUCAGUCCCCCGCCCCCAAACUGCCCUGAAGUCGGUGUCAUCCCCAGCCGCCGGAGGGCAGAAAAGAAGGAGAGGUCAAGGCUAAAAACAGUCCGAGUGACGAGGUCUCAGGACAGAUCGGAUCAGGAUGAUAAAGAGCUGGUAACCUCUGGCACCAGCGAUAGUGAGAGUAGUUCCUCUGGCCAGGAGGAGGCCUUGCUCACCUACCAACCUGUCAUGCAACAGGAAGUUAAUUACACACGGCCAGUCAUCGUGCUCGGACCAAUGAAAGAUCGGGUUAACGAUGACCUCAUCUCUGAGUUCCCUGACAAGUUUGGCUCCUGUGUCCCACACACAACACGGCCUCGGCGAGACUACGAGGUGGACGGCAGAGAUUAUCACUUCAUGUCCUCCAGAGAGCUCAUGGAGCGAGAGAUUCAGGAACACAAGUUCAUUGAGGCUGGACAGUACAACAACCAUCUGUAUGGAACCAGCAUACAGUCUGUCAAAGAGGUCGCUGACAAGGGAAAACACUGCAUACUGGAUGUAUCAGGGAAUGCGAUAAAGCGUCUCCAGUUGGCAGGCCUCCAUCCCAUCGCUAUCCUCAUCAGACCACGCAAUGUCGACAACAUCCUAGAGAUGAAUAAGCGUUUAACUGAGGAGCAGGCAAGGAAGACCUACGACAGGGCUGUCAAACUGGAGCAGGAGUUCACAGAGUACUUCACCGCUAUAGUCCAGGGCUCGUCUCUAGAGGAAGUUUACUCGCAGGUGAAGCAGAUCAUCGAGGAGCAGUCCGGUCCUUACAUCUGGGUGCCCACCAAGGAGCGACUCUGAAUAAACACACAUAUGGCAUAUUCACACACACACACAUCACUCUCUCAAACACUUCCUACUCGUCUAAUUUUCUAUUAUCAGCCUGCUUCCUCUCUUUCUCGUACACACGUCACCACACACACACAUAUUCACACAAGCACAUAAAGUGGGACGAGGCUGGGACUAUCUGGGACCGCUACUUCCUGAAGUGGGAGGAGCUCAUGUCUGUCCAGCAGCCUAUUGGUGGAUCUUCCUACAGCUCGGUUCCUUAAUGUUUAAGGAGGUGGUUCAAAUCAAGGCAACAUGUACCAUUAUCUGAUUUGAUUUCAUUAUUGUUCUUCUUAUUGUUGUUGUCGUUGUUGUUUUCAUAUUAACGAAGGGUAAUGCAUUCAUGUAUGGGUUUGUAAUGAUAAUAUUGUCACCAAGAGGCAGACUUUUGCACGCUGUAGCUUUAAGAGCAUGUUUUUGGGACAAAAUCUUGAUCUCCUUCCCCGUCUGUCUGUCUGUCUCUCCUCAUGGUAUCACUCCUGUUUAGAGAUUUCUCUUUCCCGUCUUUUUCUAUCUUUUUCUCAUGCGUCAUCCCUCCCUUUCCUUCUUUCCUCUUUUAACACUCUACAAUCUUUAGAUAUGAGGUGAAAAUAAUUAACAAUGUUCCCCGACAUUUAGGUACUGAGAGCAAAAAAAAAACAACUAUAGUACAGCCUCUGUUUGGAGAUGUAGCAAGAAAAAAUAAACAGAAACAAUUUUGUGUAACGGAGACAGUUGCUGAUAAUUAAUGCAACAAGGAGAAACUCUCAAUCAGACAUUAAAUAGACACUAAAUUAGACUGCAUGCGAAUAAAGUACAGAGUAUUUGAUCACCGUCUUGUUUGUGGUGGGUCAAAAACACACUGAACCUCAUUAUGGUGGUGGAGACCAUUUGGAGCUCUGGGCCUGAUUUUAUCACAUUUCUGAGAAUUUUGUAAAAUAAAACAUCUGUAUCAGGCAUCUCACACCAACGUAAAGCAAAGUACAAAAUAAGUAAGAAUUUAAAAAUUGGCUUGAAUGAAAACAAAAAAGAAAAAUAUGGGCACAUCUUGGAGAAAAGAAUUAAAAAGUCACACAAACAUGACUGCAAACAAAAUCAGUGCACUUUUAUUCUCGCUGUUUAAAUCCCUGCCUGAUUAGCAUAAAAAAACAGAAGUGAAAAGUGGUGUCAAAUCUAUUAAAUGUUAAAAUGCAAAUUCCAAAAUACCCAAUUUUGAGUUAUACACAUUGCUUCUGUUAAUGUUUUGCUCAUCCUGACCGGUUACAUCCGGAGUAGUCGCUCUAAAACACUUACAUCAAAGAGCAUCUUUAAUGAGAGUUUAAAUUUCAUAAUUAGCUGUAGUGUGUGAGGAGUAAAAGUAAAGGAUUUUUACUUUUAGCUUCAACAACAUUUUUCUCAGCAACUUGAUAAAUUAGGGGCCAGAUUCUCUAUUUUAGAAACUUGGAUGUGUUUUGUCCAAGUCCUCAUCCCACAAAGGCUUCUCAGCCUUUCCUUCCACCUUCUCCUUCUCCUCUCUGUCCCAUAUCUUCAUAGCUCUCUCCUCCUCUUCUCUCCUCUCCACAUCCACAGUGUGACGUUAGUGGAGCACUCCUGACAUUCAACAGUGUAUCAUCUUCUUCAUCAACGCUAUCAUCACGAUCAUAAUCAUCAGCAUCAUCGUUACAGCUUUCCUUCUUACCAUAGUUGCACUAAUGAGGGCUGGUUUCUUAAAAGCAUCUUAGCGCAACAGCUGAUACCGUCCCAGUGGUUCUGGUUUUUGGAUGUGAUGAUACGAUACACUCACUUUUCUUUUAGUGGUUAUUAUGCCGGUUUGACAACAGGUCAGAGGACAGCUUUUGGUGAAGGCUUUGUGCAGUUUACUCAUUUGCUGUACGUCACGCUGUUGCUAAGUAUUUAAAAACACCAAAUGUACUCCUCCGGUAAAAUUUACACUCAGAAUACACUGCAUUGCUCUUAUGCCAACAGGUUUUUCACACUGAUUUUUUAAGUUUGAAACUAGUUAUAUGUUUGACCUCAGCACUCCGUAUGUUACUGCAGUUAUGGUCAUGUUAGCUAAGGGUUGUAUCGUCAAAGAUGCUUUCAUGAAUCUACAGAUGUCUACUCUCUGCACAGACAGAUAAAUUGUUUGAACGGGGCUAAACUGGCAUUUUAAUCCAAUGUUUGCGCAGGCCACUUAGCAUGGACAGCAGACUGAAAUGCACACUUAUUUUUACUAACAGAUCUGGGGUGAAUUUCCAAAAUGUUAAUAUUAUAUAUAUUUAUGUGUAUAUAUUAUAAAUGACUGUAGUGAGUUGGUCCAGGGUGUCCCCUGCCUUCGCCCUGAGUGGACUGGGAUAGGCUCCAGCCCACCGCGACCCUAGUGAGGAUUAAGCAGUGUACAGAUGAUAGAUGGCUGUAGUGAGUUGUUAACUUGACUAACAAUAUCUUCACUUCACUUGUCUUUUCUUCUCCUCGCUCAUGUCGUUCCAGUCCAUGUGUGUCUGUUUCCAUCAUACCAAAAGGGGCCCAAGGACACAACGGAGCGAACAUGUGUGUGGAAACAGACACACAUGGACCGGAGAAGCAGGGAAGAGCCUGAAAACAGACUCUCACAAUGAGCUAAAGUGAAAUGCUGCACAUAUAUUCCGUAAAGUACAUGAAUGAAACACUUUGUUCUUUAAUUCUUUGGAAGGUUUUUUUGGACACAGGCUGCUGACCUGCACUUUUGCUUUUACAAUGCAGUGUGGGAGAAUGCUCUUACAGUCUGUUUUAUAGUUUCAAAGGGAAGAACUCACAUGCACUAAAAUGCUUGCACAGCUGGACCGGCUGCCAAAACAUAGAACAGGAAAGCUCUGAGUACAAAACACACAGAGGGAGUGUGACUCCAUUCUCUGCUAAGGACACCAUUACUCUACUAUAUCUUUACAUAGCUGAUAGUUGUUUGCUGCUAUAUUAAUGCUAUAUUUAUGCUCAAAAACAUGCAUAUUGCACCUUUAAUAGUACCAGUAUGUCACGUGCCCCUUGCUUUGUAAAUCUGUUGGUUGUAGCAGUCUUACUGGGUCUUUGCUGCUCGUAGCAGAGAGUGAGGAUAAGGUAAUAGAGUAUAUUAAGCUAAAAUAUAGAUGCUUUUACUAAUCUGAAGAGUGUUGUGGAGCAGCAUUUUUACCACUGUGUUCCUGUUUUAUUUGUACGAUGCACAAGGAUGCCUGUGGGUGGUGGGUUUUACAUCUUGCUCAUCCGCUGAUCAAUGAUUGGUGGCAGGAUCAAUAGUGAAUGUAAACAUAACUUUUGUUCACGAAAAAUGCACAGGACGGCGUUAAAUGCGUGUCUCUGUCGUAAAAAAAAAAAAUCAGAAUUUUGGAUUAGCCUCAAAGAUUUUAUCAUCCAUGUCAGAAAGUAAACAUCUCUGAGAACCCUCUGCUAGCUAACAGGUAAAAAUUAAACGUCUCUACUUCGAGGGACGCUUCAUGUGACCGAGUGAACACGCUGUAACACACUGAGUGCUGAGGUCAUGAAUCAGACUAACCUGAAACAUGAAGAUAAUCUGUUGUCAAGUGUAACAUUCAAGAUACCAAGAUGCUUUUGGCGACCCAGCCCCUGUAUGGACCUUGUCAGCUACCCACUCCCCAUCUCCACCCUCAACCCCGAGGCAACUCCUCCAAGCUGACUGGAGACCAGGGUCAUUCAGAAAGACUGUUCUGUCAACAGAGUAGCUCUUAGACCCCCACAUUGGAUAGUUGCGACCACAUGUGUUUUGAAAGCUUUAAUGUUUCCACAGAGAAUGUUCAGCUGAACGAAAAUGUUUUCCAUCUGUAACCCGCACUGAUCAAGUAGAUGAGCGUAGCUUGUAUAAAAGAAGUGGAUGUCACCCAUUAGUUUGCGGACUACCAUUUUGAAGCAUCAAGUUUGGCAUUUUGGUCGUUGCCAUUUUGUUUUGUUGGAGCCUGAAGUGAUGAUAUGCGGAGAAGAAGAUGGAUCUGGAGAGGAGCAAGAGGUGAAUCUGACUGAGAACUCGAGGACACUAUGCACGGUAGCAACUUGUCAACCCCAUGGUAGUCUGGCCCUAAAGCAAACCCUGCUUUAUCAUCUGUUUUACACUAAAUGGGACUGAAAUUUACUAAAUGAACAUUGAACUGUGUUGAAGGAGACUUGGAGCUAGCAACUGAGACCCUUAACCCAUUAGGAAAAUGUUGACCGCGGUAAUAUAUCAAGUGAGAAGUAGGAUCUUUUCCCCAUAGACUUCUAUAGAAUCAGAUUUCUUUGGGGAGUCGCCUCCUGCUGGCCAUUAGCAAGAAUGCAUGUUUAAGGCGCUUCGACAUUGGCUUCACAUUUCAGACCCAGAAUCUACGUCUACUUCUUUUAUACAGUCUAUGCAGAUGAGUGGUAUUUGUCAGGUGACAGAACUGGACUCUCUUUGUGACUCUGGCUGUGUGUUUGAGCCAGGGGACCAUGCCACUGUCUGUUAGAGUAAAGCACCGAUGCAAAGAAUCUAUUACAGAGAUGGAUCUAUAUCUAACAUAUUAUAAUAUUUAUCCCUGCUCUAACUGCCUAUUUUGGUACAAAAAAAAUAAAUAAAAAUCUUUAUUGAGAUUUACUGAAAUCCCUCGACCAAUGACCAGAGAUGAUUAUUCUUUUUUUUUUUUUUGCAUUGUGGAAUGUUUAUGAAUGUGAAUAUUCUAUAACAACUGUACAUAUUAAUAUAUUUUCCUUUACUUUCACCUCUA